AUGAAGAAAAUUUUGAAUAGUUUUGAAGACACAAGAAAGAAAAAACCUACAGCAAGCGUCUUCAGUUUUGUUAACGUUUAUCCUCUGCUGUAUCAGAGUAGAGCAGAGGUUUCAAGCGACUAUUACAACGAUUACUGUGCCGCUUUGACAAUUAUAAUUCCCGGUCAGCUUAUAGAAAAGAUGUAUCAGAGUAGAGCAGAGGUUUCAAAUGACUAUUACAACGAUUACUGUGCCGCUUUGACAAUCAUAAUUCCUGGUCAGCUUAUAGAAAAGAUGUUUGAAGCAUCUAAAAGUGCUGCUUUUAACAAAAUUGAUGACUACUUUUUAACUGGAGAGUUGGCGACGAAAGCUGGAGCACAAUUCAAAGACUUUACAAAUAAAGCGCUCAAUCACGAUAAUAAAACAGAUCGGGCAGCUUUCCUGCAAAGAAGAAUUUAUUUUCAGGCAACUGAAACUGUUGAGCAAGCAGAGGAGAUGUGGAUCGAAAUGAAAGAUAAAUACGACGCAGACGAAAAAGUGCAGAAAGAAGAUACUGAGACGCUAAGACUGUAA